AUGGCAGUGUGGAAUUUGCGGAACAUUAAAUUCGACCAUGAAGGCUUCAAAGAAAACUGGACUGAUGCUUAUACCCGAUGGGAUGCCUGGCGUUCGAUAAGUGACUUGUUUUGGACCUGCUGGGAGGAUGAUUACUUCUGGAGAGCUUAUUGCUUCAGGCAUUAUGAGGAUGAUGCUGUCGAUGAAGCAGAGCUGGUUAGAAAUGGCAUUACGCACUUUAACGAGAAUGUAAUGAAAGACGUGCCCCCUCCUGAUGAUUUCUUCAACAAACGCCAAAUAGGAGAGGUCGUUCUUGAUCUCUUCCCAGAUGUCUCCUUCAGACUGUUCGAUUUUAUGUGGGACAAUGAUGUGAAUAUGGACUUCACCAUGUCCCGCACAUGUUACAGGCUAGAUGUUAUGGGUGUGUUGAGGAAAAAUGCUCCACUAGCUUUGCCUGUUAUAUUAACGCGCUUGAAGCGAAAGCAAGAAGAGUGGGCAAGGUGUCGCUCUGACUUUAACAAAAUCUGGGCCUUGUUGGCGGAGAUUAAAGAGAUGAGUGAGAAGAAGCGGAAGGAAGAUGGUGUUCUUCUUGCUAUUGCUGCUGGAAAUAGACGACAUAUUAUUCCAAAUUUGGAAUUCGAGUACCCUGAUCCGGACAUCCAUGAAGAUCUAACUGAGAUUUUAUGGUGCUCCGUUAAGCUGUUAAUCAAACACUGUGGACUCCCAGUGGACCAACACACCAAUGGCCAUGGAAUUCGCUUCCUGCUCAAUUCUGAGGCCUCAGUCUUUUUCAACCAUCUUUCACCAUACCAACUUCACCUCUUUGCUUUACCCAAGAACCAUCUCAACUUGCCCUCUCCAUUUUCGCCAACUUUCCCAAAAAACUCAACCUUUCCUGGAAAAUGUCGCCACUUUCAUCGCUUCAAUGCUUUCAGCUCACUUUCCGGCGCCAACUACCAGAACCCAUCUGCACAACUCGCCGUUCUUCUUGAAGUUGACGGUUUUAUGUUAAUUUUUCAGGAAGUGUGCUGGUACAAGGAAAAGAUGCUGAUUAUGUAUUUUAGUCAGAUUGGUUGGCCUUCGUCAUUGCCCACUACUGAGAAGGAAUCAUUUGUAAACAAUGUUCUGCAAAAAAAAGGAACACCUGCGGUCAUACUGAGAUCCUAUAGUAAAAGUGGAGAUAAAAUUGCCAGGUCCAUUAUUGAUAAGCUUGGCCAUCAAAGAGUUUCGAAGCUAAAGAUUGUUGGGUUAAAGGAGGUGGACAUGAACUUCAUAUGGUCAAUUUUUGUGUCCAAACCUCAGGUUCGAUGGAGGCAGGUUAUUCCUAGUUGAAACCUCAGUUUCUUGCCUCAGCCUGUUAUGCUCAGAACCACUUGCAAUGGUCUGUUCUGCUGCGAACAAGGAAUGGAAAGAUGAAUGAGCUUUAGAGACUUUUCAACUUUUGAAAUUUGCAGCACAUUUUGAACUUUGAAAUUUUUGCAGAAGCUUAACUUUACUAGUCAUUUUUUCAUUGGCAUUACUUUCGAGUGAUGAAUUAAUCUUUGCAUGAUCAACAUGGAUUUCGUCACAUUUAACUUUUCC